AACCAGCUUAGGAUCCAUGCGUCGAUCGUGAGGGUCAAGUUGUAGCUUGUGUACUAGGCGGCACGGCCUAUAUUUUCUCGAACAUUCUGACGUAUUUAUAUUAUUAUUAUUACCAUAAGAACAAGAGAUAUUUAUCAAAUAACUACUAGUUAUUAUUGUUAUAUACUAAUUACUAAGUCAUUUUACUCUUUAAAAUGGCAAAAUGGGGCGAAGGUGAUCCAAGAUGGAUUGUUGAAGAGAGGGCUGAUGCAACGAACGUAAACAACUGGCAUUGGACUGAAAAAAAUGCAACAGCCUGGUCUAAGGAGAAGUUAUUAAAUUUGCUCAUGUAUCUGAAAGUUGAGGAUGAAAAAGGCACCUGUGAAAUAUGUGAAUUGACAUCUAUAGAAGGUGAGGCAACAGCAAAUAACAGGAAAGCUAAAUUGAUAUUCUUUUAUGAAUGGGUGCUUAAACUUCAGUGGAAAGGUACAUUAAAAGAUUGUGAAACAGAGUUGAAAGGUGAAGUUGAAAUCCCAAAUUUAAGUGAUGAAAAUGAUGCUUCAGAAGUAGAUGUGAAGCAACUAGGAAAUAAGUGUGAUAUCCAAAGGCUAAAGGAGCAAACACCCCCAAAAAAUCUGUCCAAUCAUAAUGGCGUCAAGGAUCAGAUAGCCGGUGUUAAAAACCUAAAGGUUGGGGUUCGAAUUCAUACAACCAAGUUGACAUGUACCGAGAAGUUUAACUGUGCAGUGGAGGAUAUAUACCAAGUCCUUACAGACCCCAAGAAAGUGGAAGCUUUCACCAGAAGUUCUGCAGAAAUGGAGGUUGAGAAAGGAGGGAAGUUUUCACUAUUUGGAGGCAAUGUCACUGGCUUCUUCGAUGUGCUGGAAAUGGACAAAAAAAUAGUCCAGAAAUGGAGGUUUCGCAAUUGGCCAGAUGCACACUACUCGGUAGUAACUAUGGAAUUUUCCCAGGAACCAGAUGGAGCCUCAAUGAAGCUUGUUCAAACUGGAGUUCCUGAUAAUGAGGUUGAGCGAACAAAAGAAGGAUGGAAGGAGAAUUUUUGGGCAAGAAUACGACAAACAUUUGGCUUUGGUAUACAUCUAUUCUGACCCAGGAUAAUCAAGAUAUUUAUAAGCUAAAAAUAAUUGAAAUUAGGAAGAGAAAUUAAUUUGUACAGAAGGAUGUAGAUGGAGAGAGUUCAAUGUCAAAUGGUAUUUUAAUCAGUAAAUAAUAAACAGUAUUUUGUCAUUAAAGGGUCUCCCCCUAUUAUUUUUGAUAGUUACUACAGUAUAUUUUUUUUCAACCUGGAACAUAUGGGAUACCAUGCAAAAUGAUGUGAUUCUCCUGCUAUAUUUUGGGACGUUUUGUGCAAACCUCAGGAGAAAUGUUGUUUAUAGAUGCUCCGAGUGCUUGCUUGUUCGAAGCCACUCUAGUUUUGCAAUCUGAGCCGAUCCUUACAGGCUUCAUGGAUUUAUGUUGAUGGCGCUGUCUAAAUCUGCAAAACUGGGUGACUUGUUUAGUGCAGCAGUUACUAUGCUUCCACCUGUAUUUCAAAAUUAACAACUAUUUAACUAAUGCUCUUUGGAAAGCAUUACUGUAUCAACAGGUCUAUUUAUUUUACUUAAUUCUUUCUUAUUUUUACAUUUCUUCACCGAACAGGAUAUGAACCCAGGAAUUUUAACCAACAAACCGCAGCUGUACUUUGAAACCAUAUCACAAGAGGCAUUAAUUUCAUUUUUUUUUUUGGUUAUAUCUGUUUGUAUACACUUUGUGAGAUUGGAUUGAGAUGUAGCGAUAUUACAACCAUUAAAAUUUGAUCAAUGUAAUAUCUUAAUGAAUUAUGAAUCUACAUAUGUUAGUGGCAAUGUGUAAUUGUGUGUAUAAAAUGCAAGAAUAAAUCUCAAUUUUGUUUUUAUCUUA